CAGGAGACUGAGUCGCUGCUUGUCUCACCCCUUCCCCCCAGAAAUCACUCUUUUCCUGGACCAGCCCAGAGGCCCGGGGUUUGCUCCUGGAUUGUAAGCAUGCGGUGACUCCCUUCUCCCCGAUGCCCUGAGUAUCUCUCCCUUCCCUGGCCCCCAGCCUAAGAAUCUUGAAUCCCUUUGAAGGGACCAAACAGGAAACGGCCUGGGGGGAGGGCAAUUCUUUUCUUUAUCUUCCCUCCCUCCCAACGCAGGACCUGUUCUCUGAAUCUGUUUUACCAACCAGAGGAUGUUUAUCCCCCUGUUUUUUUCUGUUUAGUGACAAGAUUCAUUGAAACAUUGGGCUGACUCGAGCAGUCAACCUAAGUGUUUGUCUAACCUUGUCGAAUUAUUUCUUCCCUCCGAUGGUUCCCCAGAAGGGAUCAGACAGGCUGAAUGCAAGAGCAUAUCUCCUGUCCACCACCUCCUUUCCCUUCCUUUGCCAUCAGUAAUAUCCUUUGGCACUGAGUUCCACAGGGUUGGUGGCCUCAGACCAUCUGAGGCUGGUGAUUCAUGUGAUUUCCAGCACAUGCUGUGUGGAUGAUUUUCUGUCUAUUACAGACCACUGCUGGAGUGGGACCUUUGCAUAGAGAAAUCGACCCCUGUUUUGCUGCAGUGGCUCUCCCUGGUGAUCUGAGCGGGUCUUCCCGGUACACCAUGGCACGGCAUAGCAAGCUCCAGAAGCAAGUCUUAAGCUUGUACAGACAGUUCCUACGAGCCGGCAAAGAGAAGCCGGGGUUCUUACCUCGAAUACAGGCUGAGUUCCGGAAGAACGCCAGCAUCCCCCGGAUGGAUGUUAUGCACAUUGAGUAUCUCCUCCGUCGCGGCCAGAGGCAGCUGAAGCAGCUCAGAGACGUUAACACCAAACAAAUGGGCACCUUUGUCAAAACUAAGUCGGAAGAGCGGUGACCCCUGCUGGCUGGCACAGGCGGCUUUCGUGUACUGGGACAGCGUGUGAAUUCAGAGAUGUGCCUUCCAGAUUCUCACAUCCUCAUGCACCCCUUUCGGUUUGCACGUGGGUCCGAUCACAGUGAAGGAAAACUAUCCAGUCGGUGCAAUUGUCCUACCUGGAUUGGAGUUCACUGGGAUAAAUGAAGCCUGGUUUAGGUAUCUUUACACCAGGGAGCCACUAGAGGGUGCAGUUGAGAAGCUGAUCUCUAUAAUUCUAAGCUUUUUAAUAAUUCAGGUGUGGAUGGGUGAUUUGCAGGUGACGUUCUUGUUUCCAAUACCUGGGACAUAAUCUGUUCUCCUACCCCUGUUGUCUCUUCUAUUCCAUCCUGUAGCUAAAGUCAAACAGGCAGAUUACCCAGUAAAAUAAAAGAAAGGGACAGUGGUGGGUUGAAAUCCUAUUUCUGUCUUUUUUUUUUUUUUUAUUAUCCUUAGUGCCUAAAAGCUCCAGUCAUGGACCAGGCCUCCACUGCACUAGGUGCUGUACAAACAGUGGAUCUAGGUGCUACAAUUCUUGAGUGCCCCACCGAAGUGCCUUCGAAGGAGCAGAAAGAGCCAAGCACCUGCCUUUUGAAAAUUGGGUUCCCUUCAGGUGUCUCAAGACGGGUGGCUCCCUCCCUGCAACCCCAAAUCACUAGCCACUUCUGAAAAUAAAGGCCUUUGGGCCAAGGCAUUUUCCAGGG